AUGACUGCUGAUGGUUCAAAUGCAAGUGGAGGAACGGGAAGUGAUGGAGAUGCCAUUAAAGUGUUUGUGAGAAUACGUCCACCUGCUCAGGGAGAUUCUGGCCACCAGCAGAGUGUUGAAGUUGAUCAGACUGGAUGUGCAGUUGUUGUACAAACAAAACCUGUAUCCAAAAUCUUCACAUUUGAUCAGGUUGUUAAUAUCAAUGCACAGCAGGAAGCAGUUUUUUCAACUGUAGCAAAGACAUUAAUAGAAAGCUGUGUCAGUGGUUACAAUGGCACAAUAUUUGCUUAUGGCCAGACUGGAUCAGGAAAAACUUUCACCAUGUUGGGACCAAGUGAAGAUGCUGAUAAUUUUCAGCAUAAAAAUCGAGGAAUAAUACCAAGAAGUUUUGAAUACUUAUUUAAUCUGGUAUCCAGGGAAGAAGAACUGCAUGGCAAAGCAAAAGAGUUCCUAAUGAAGUGCACAUUUCUGGAGAUUUAUCAUGAGCAGGUAUAUGACCUGCUAGAUCCAUCGACCAUGAGCCUUUCGUUACGAGAGAGUAUGAAGAAAGGUGUGUAUGUAGACGGGUUGGCGGAGAAGGCUGUCACCAGUGCCAGUGAAGCUUACCAGGUUUUGAAUGAGGGAUGGAGAAACAGAAGAGUAGCCUCCACCUCCAUGAACAGAGAGAGCUCAAGGAGUCAUGCUGUAUUUACAAUAUUUAUAGAAUCAAAAGAACAAAAGUCUGGUGUACAGAAGCUGAAGGAAUCACUUUUAAAUCUUGUUGACCUGGCGGGGAGUGAACGACAAAAAGAUUCAAAUGCUGACGGGCUUAGACUGAAAGAAGCUGGCAGCAUCAACAAAUCUCUGUCAGUGUUGGGCAAGUGUAUCAUGUCUUUAGUUGAUGUAGCACAUGACAAGGUGCGUCACAUACCCUACCGGGAAUCUAAGCUAACAUUCCUACUGAGGGACUCACUUGGAGGGAAUGCCAAGACCCGCAUUAUAGCCUGUGUUCACCCAGACUCGAGGCAUUUUGGGGAGACUUUGUCAACACUUCAGUUUGCUAGACGAGCUAAAAUGAUCAAGAACAAGGCAGUAGUGAAUGAAGAUACACAGGGAAAUUUGAUGUCUCUGCAAGCAGAGAUCAGACGUUUAAAGGAGGAGAAUCAGCAACUAUUGUCAGCAAGGGGAGAUGCUGCAUUAAGUACUGUACAGUCCCAAUGUCCCCCAAACCAAGAAGGUGGCUCGUCUGUAUGGAAGGAGAGAUUUGUAAAUGCCAUGAUGCUUAAGGAGAAGUCAGAUGUUGACAAGAGGCCUUUACAAGAAAAGAUUAUGAAACUUGAAGAGCUCUGCAACAAGAAAGAUAAAAUUUUACAGUCAACAAAAAUGAUAAUUAAAUUUCGAGAAAACCAUAUCUCAAGGCUGGAGAAGACCAUUAAAUCAAAAGAAGGAUGGGAGGAGUCCGAACAACGUGUUGCAGAUUUAAAGGCCGAGAUUUGCAGUUUAAAAGACAAAUUAGAACACAAUCCUAUUGUGACAAAGUAUGCUAUGGAUAUCCAACAUCUCAAGUCUGAGUUGCAGCAGUACAGGAUGAAUGAUGCCUCCCAGGAAAGUGCUUUAGCCAGUAAUGAACGGGUGAUGGAGUUGGAACGCAUGUAUUUUGACCUCAUGGCAAAACAAAGUAGUGAUGAUCCAGAGCAGGACUAUGUGGGAACACCAACACGCACUCCUGUGGCUGUUGACAACAUCUCUGUUGCUACCAUAGAGAAGAAUAAAUCACUUGAGGCACAAGUAGCAACUCUGAAACAAACACUGACAGAGCAGAAGGAAGCUGCUGAGAAGAGAGAGAUGGAGCUGGAGUCUGAGGUGACUUCUCAGAGGAAGACCAUUACAGAACUGACCAAUGUUUUGGAAGCUCAUCAGCUGAAGAGCAAGUUGGAGAGGGAUGUUCACUUCCAAACAGUCCAGACAAUUACUACACCUAAGAAGCUGCGGUACAAUCUUCGUAGCCAAGCUAACUCUGCGACCAGUCCCACACUGGCCCUAAAUACAAGUCCAGAAGUUGAGGAUCAGGACGAAGAUCUUUUUGCUGAGACUCAGCCCCCGUUUAUGAUGCAGCAGGCCAAUGAAGCCCUUAGGAGUGAGGUGGAACAGCUACAGAGCUCCAUCAACAACAUGACAGAACGCAUAGAGGAGUAUGAGGCGGAUGCUAUCAAACUGAAACAGCAUAUCUCAAAGAUUGAUCACCAAAAUGCCCAACUCACUGAGAUCCUGCAGAGAGAGCGAAUGGAGAGGACAACUACAGGUGAAAAAUCAGAUUCCGAACUAGUGGAACUCCGAAGAAGACUACAGGAGGCAGAGAGAAACAUGACAUAUUAUAAAGAUGAGGCAGAUGAUUUAAAAGUGGUUCUGCUAUCUUCUGACAAAGAACUGAAAGACUUCAAAACUAGGAAGACACAGGAUGAAGACCAGCUACAGAAAACAAUAGAAGUUCUGCAGACUCGUCUGAUGCAGGUAGAUAUGGAAACUAGCAAGAUGUCAAAGGAGUAUGAGAGUGCCUGUGAGGAACGAGAUAUGUUAUUGCAAGAUUUAGAGAAUGCACAGGACACAGUAACAUUUAAUGAGAGUUUGGUGAGGGAGCUUGAGGAACGAGUGCAGGAGGGCAAGGAGAAGCUAGAGGAUGUCCAAUCUCAGCUUGAGACUGUGUCCAAGAGUUUAGCCACAGAGAAACACAAUCAUGACCAACUGGUGUGUCGGACACAAAUGGAAGGGGCAGCUCAGGAGAAAGAAAAUCUGCAGCUUCUCCAACAGAAUGAAUUACUACAAUCUGAGGCAGAAGUUGCUCGAGUGAGGAUGGAGCAACAAGAUAAAACUAUACAAAACCUGAAGGGCAGUACAGAGGCUGCUCAACACAUUGUAUCUACCCUGCAGAAACAACAGGAACAGAACAAGGAAGCAGUAGCCGGGUACAUGUCUCGUAUUGAGGAGCUAAGAACUGCUCAAUGUUGAAACAAACCAACUGCUAGAUCAAACACAGCAGUGCCAGAGUCUGACCAGAAAGCUGGAGGAGCAGGCUACAGAACUGAAGACAAAAGAGGAGGUCAACAAAGAGCUGCAAGCCAAAUGAGCAUAGCGAAGGAGGAUCUUGAUUGUAUUACGGAGGCAAACGACAAAAUCCAGGAGGAGUAUGCCAGCUCUCAACGUGAACUAGAAUCCACACAGAGGAGAUGUGAAAUGUUAGAGGAAGCAUUAAAGACUAAGACAUCACAGCUGGAGGAUAAGGAAGCAUCACACAACAAGAAAAUAGUGGAGAUGGAAGAUCAGAUUAAAGAUAUCAUAAAGUCCAACCAAGAGGAAUCUAAGGAACAGCAAUGGUUGAUGGAGGAGCUGGAUACAUAUCCUUCAUUUCAUACAGUGUUUUCCAUGUGUUAUUGUAUCACUGAAUUUAAUAUGUUAUUGCAGGCCAAUACUGUGAGUUUAGAAUCCUUAACUACUAGCACUCUAAAGGCAUCAAACUCCAGUCUACACUCAAUUAUUGAGGAGUAUGAGAUAGGACGUAAGGAAAAGAAUGAGGAAAUCAAAAAGCUGUCAGCAAAGCUGAUGGAAAUGGAUGGUGUACAGACAGAAUUGGAGAAACAUAUUACUAAUAAAAAGGAGAUGGAGUACCAGAUAGAGUGUGAAAGAAUCUCUCAUGAAGAAAGGGUGAAAGAGAUAGCUCAGGUAGCUGAGGCUUGUCAGCAGGAGCUAAAGAAGGCUAGAGAGGACCUGCAAGUUCAAGACCGACGGAGACGGGAUGUUGAAACUGACAACCUAGAGUUACAGAAAAGACUGGAUUUAGUAACAGAGGAAUGUAAAACUUCUACAGACAGCAAUCGUUACCUAGAGGGAGAAGUGGAAAGGCUGAUCAUAUUUGGUAAGAAAUACACAAAUGAGAAUGAAGACUUGAAGGAAGAGAACGAGAGGUUAACAAGCGAACGCCUGCAAUGUUGUGAGGAAAUUGAAACUUUGAAAGCUAAACAUGAAGAACUUUCUAAAGAAAAUGUAAAGCUUCAGGGACAUCAGAAUCACAAACAAAAGAUUCAGUACCAUUUGAUGCUUAAAGAAGAAAACACAUCACUUAGAGAGCAAUUGCAGAAGGCUCAAAGAGCUUACCAGAAUUUGGCAGCUACAGGUACACGUAAGGAAAAUAUCCCUCCAUUAUCCGUCCAGGAAAUGAAACAGGGCCAGAGUAGAAAAGAGAAACCACGCUUAUUUCUGUCAGGUGACUUCAGCUGA